ACGUGACCAAAACAAAAAUCAUGAAUGGCGGCUGUUCGGUGCAGUCGAGGGUUUGUAGCCAGAACAGGACUUGGCAGUUUCCAGGAGAAAGUUUAUUUUCUAACAAGCUGUGGCCAUUACCCGACUCUUUUAUGUGAACAACAUCGUUCCUUCCUCUGGAGAAAGUGGCAAAAUUCUCACAAUGUUGUUCGUCCAGCCACUGUUCGACCUGCCUACGCAGUACCCAAGCACAUUGUGCAGCCGGACUAUGUCGAUUCUGGACUGGUCCCAGAAUGGCCGGACUACAUAGAGAUCAAAAACCACGAGCAGAUUAAAGGCCUUGCCAGUGCGUGUCAGUUAGCCAGACAUGUACUGCAGUUAGCCGGACGCAGUCUGAAAGUCGGUGUAACAACAGAUGAAAUCGAUUUCAUUGUGCAUCAGGAGAUAAUCAAACACAAUGCCUACCCCUCCCCUCUCCGAUACGGGGGCUUCCCCAAGUCAGUCUGUACAUCUGUAAAUAAUGUGGUGUGUCAUGGCAUACCUGACAGUCGGAAACUUGAAGAUGGUGACAUCAUCAACGUUGAUGUCACUGUGUAUCUGGACGGUUACCACGGUGACACUUCAGAAACCUUCUUGAUUGGGCAGGUGGAUGAAGUCGGGCAGCGUUUGGUGGAGACGGCGAGGCGUUGCAGAGAUGAGGCCGUCGCCGCGUGCAGACCAGGUGCACAGCUCUGCAUUAUUGGAAAUACCAUCAGUGAAAUAGCUCAAGCCGAUGGGUUUCAAGUUUGUCCCUAUUUCAUCGGACAUGGAAUAGGCUCCUACUUUCACUGUCACCCUGAGAUUUGGCACCACGCAAACGACAAUGACGUCACCAUGGAUGAAGGGAUGGCUUUCACAAUAGAGCCCAUAGUGAUGGAGGGGUCUACAGAGUUUAAAAUCUUAAAAGACAAAUGGACCGCAGUGUCAGUCGACGAUAAAAGGUCUGCUCAGUUUGAACACACGGUGGUGAUAACGUCAGAUGGCGUGAAGAUUCUCACCUAACUACCAGAAGAGGACGGUUUGUGACAGAAACCACCGGCGGACUAAUUAAGGAUCUUAAAGCUAUUAUUUGUGAUAAUAAACACUGUUAUAGUAGAAACUGGACUGCAUGUUCGACACAAAGACCUUAGCUUUUUUUUUUUUUUUUUCUGCUUUUAUGGAACAAACAUCUGUGUUCAUUGUAAGUUUGUAAUAAGUUUUAAAUUGUAUUAAUUUUCAUCAUGAGGACUUGUAAACCUCUUAACAGAAGUUGAACUCAAUGUGUGACCGGGCGAUCGACACAAACCAAACAUUUAAGUGGAAAUUAUUUAAAGCAGAGGAAAAAACUAAAGCCUUCUGUUUUUUUUUACACAUAAACUACAUCUAUCAAAAAGAAAAAAAAAACUAGAUUUGGCACCAGGCAAAGUUGAAUAUUGUAAUAAAAUCACAAAACUGA